AUGGCGCCCAAGUACAAGAAAACAAAGCUGAAGAUGGCCCUGACAAAGCUUCAGGACGGCCACCAAAAGCGUCAACGUGCCACCGAGAUCCGCGACAUGAAGGAAGCCGCCCUCGCAGCUGCUCCCAAGAAGACCGCCUCCCAGCAAGCAGCCAGCGGGAACACCUCCUCUGCAGCCCUGAAGGCCCAAAAGAAGGCCAUGUCCAAGCUGCCCCCACCUCCCUAUUACAACCACGACACCAUCCUCCUGAUCGGAGAGGCCAACUUUUCGUUUGCAAAGUCAUUGGCGCUGGAGAUUCUUAACCGUGGCGAUAUCAUCACGGCGACGACUCUGGAUACAUUUACGACUAUGAUGGAAAAGUACCCCGAUGCACAGGAGAAUGUCAAGGAGCUUGAGGAUGCUGGAGCCACGGUCUUGUUUGAGGUCGACGCAACAAAGCUGAGCAAGAUCAAGAGCUUCAAGGGCAAGCGCUUCUCCAAGAUCGUCUUCAACUUUCCCCAUGCUGGUGCCGGUAUCAAGGAUCAGGACCGCAACGUAGUGAGCAAUCAAAAGCUGAUGCGCUCCUUCUUCGAAUCCGCAACCCCCUUCCUCGCAGACACAGACCUGGGCGACAAGAAACCUGGCGAGAUCCAUGUGACAGUCAAGACAGGAUUGCCCUACGACCUCUGGAACAUCAAGCGUCUUGCGGCGGGCACUGGAUUGUUGGGUAACAAGACUUCUUUCCCCUUCAAGCCAGUACAGUACCCUGGAUAUGAGCAUCGUCGGACGAUCGGGUUCAAGGAGGGUGUCAGUCAGGGUGAUAAUGUCGAGAUUGCGAACAAGAGUCCAAAGACUUUUGUGUUUGUCAAGAAGACCGCCAAGGAGGCUGAUAUGGCCAAGGAAUCUGAAACGGCCAACAUUAGGAAGAGGAAGCGCGCCGGCGAGGAUGUCUCCGACGACGAGGAGUAA